AGAAGUCGCACUGAGCCGCAUGCUCUUGUAAUGGGGUUAUUCAAAUGCUGCGCCAUUUCGUUGAAGACUUUUUCCAUCUCCUACAGCGUGACCAGCAAAUCUCUAUUAACAUCGUGUGAAAUAUGUUAUAAUACUCUAUUGUGUCAGUGUACGGAGAGCAAUCUCCACCCUGAAAAUGACGGCAUUUAUGAGAAUUUUGAACAAAAAAUGUGAUUCAAGCGGAACUCGUAUGAUCACCGACGUACCAACUGUCCACACUGCGCAUUGGCCAGCUGAGUAGCGGCAACUGAACAUGCUCAACGAUGCUCAGUGUCCGUCCGGUCCACAGUACGCCGCAGUGUAUUGUCAGUUGUGGGUAGUAAUGGGUGGUUAGAGGUGUGGGAGUAUGUGGGUUCUCAUUGCUCCUAUUAGGUGGCCUGACAGUGUUUCACGUGCUUAUGUAAAUCAUUUGUUUUAUGAAGAUCAGUGUCUGUAAAACAAGCAGGAACUGUCAUCCGUUUCAGUGUCUAAUCCAAGCGAGCAAAUAAAUUACUUACAGUGUACUCCUUGUGAGUUAUACUGUCGACAUGGCUGUUCAAAGCUCUAUUUUAAGUAGGACAGCGUUAGCUUUAGGCGCUACAGAGCCAGCAUUACGCUUAUUACUUUCUAUAUUAAUUGCAUAUCCUUUGGCAUUUGUACAUAGAUACUUCUUGUAUGGAAAAAAACCAAUGCAGCAACAUAUCUUUUUCUGUGUUAGUGGAUUAUUGAUUGGUUACUUUAACUAUGGCACUGAUAUCCUACAUGCAUUGAUAACAGUUGGAAGUACAUAUGUAAUACUAGUCAUCUGUGGGGGUACACUAGCAUCUGUGUGUCUAGUUUUUGGGUUUACAAUGGGUUACCUUUUAAUGGGUUAUUAUUAUACUGGCACAGAAACUUACGAUAUAAAAUGGAGUAUGCCACAGUGUGUGCUAACACUGCGCUUAAUAGGUCUAGCAUAUGACCUGUAUGAUGGACAAAAACCAACUGAAGAGUUAUCACCUGAACAGAAGAAGAUGUCUUUGAAAAGCUUUCCAUCUUUUCUGGAAGUAGCUGGUCACACGUUUUUCCCUUCCAGUUUUCUGGUAGGGCCACAGUUUCCAAUGCAACGUUACUUAAAUUUUGUCCAUGGUCGUCAUACUAUUGGAGGUGCUCUACCAGAUAGUAUAUCAUAUGGCUUGCAGCGAUUUGGAGCUGGUUGUUUUUACUUGGCUCUGUUUCAACUUGGAACAUCAUUUUACCCAGAUAACUAUUUAAUUUCGGAAUCUUUUGACGAAUCUACCCUUGUAUAUAAAUGUUUUGUGUUAGCUGUGUGGGGAAAAGUAACUCUCUAUAAAUAUAUCUCUUGUUGGCUUAUUUCGGAGGGAGGAUGUAUAAUUACAGGCAUCACAUACAGUGGGAAUGUGCCACCAGAUCCCAAUACUGAACCCAAAUGGGAUGGUUGUGCUAAUGUUAUAUUAUCAGUAUUUGAAGGUGCUUCCAGAUUUGGUCAUUUUAUUGCAUCGUUUAAUACUAAUACUAAUCACUGGGUUGCUUACUACGUCUAUAAAAGACUCAAAUUUCUUGGCAAUCGUUUUAUAUCACAAGCAGUUGCUCUGCUCUUUCUUGCCAUUUGGCAUGGUUUCCAUUCUGGAUACUACGUAUGCUUUUUAUUGGAGUUCAUUGUCAUGGUAAUGGAGAAAGAUCUGGAACCUAAGUUGAUAAAUAACAGAACAGUGAAGAAAUUCCUGGAGGAUCCCAAGAUAGUACCAUUUGUGUGGGUUAUACUGAAGCUAUACACUUUAGUUUUUAUGGGAUAUUGUUUAGUCCCCUUUGCACUAUUAUCAUUUGCAAAGUGGUGGCAAGUGUAUAAAUCUGUAUAUUUCAUAGGACACUUAUUUUUUGGAUUAUGGCCUCUUUACGGCCGUUUUGUAAAACGUUUCUUAUCAUCAAUUGAUGUUAGAGACUAGUACAAUAUGUUGAAAUAUGACUAGCCAAAUAAACUAUUGUAGCUCCCUUACAAUAAUGCAAGGUUCGUGGGUUUUGUAGGAGGUUAGUAGAUUUUUUUGUUACAAGUCUUUACUGAUCUUUUGGUAUAUUUAGAACUGCUGUAUGUAGCAUAUAUCUUAAUAGCUGCAUGAGAAAUUGUAGUCAUCCUAUCUUCUGUAUAGUGUAAAACACAAAUUGACUGCAAUCUCUGAUGCAGUUUUAUUUGUUGUGUGAUAGUGUGUAUGCGUGUGUGUCUCCAUGAGAUUUCAUAUUUAUAAAGUUUAGUAAGAAAGUACUUAUGUACUUUUAGGGGCAUGAGCAGAGUUUGUUCUAUCCUUUCUGUUAUGCAUGUCAAGUUGUUUCAUUAAGACCUCAGGUCUGUUCUUGUAUUGGACUUGCACACUAACAAGAAAUAUUGGUACAUAGCCGCAAGGGGUGAGUGGAUCAAUUUGUGCGAGAUGUGAUUCAUUGAGCAAGUGUCAAAAUGUAUUAAUAAAUAUAUCUAUUGUUUCUGGUGGUGUUGGCUCAUCCCAAGCAAUAGAUGUGAUGCAAUUCCUCUAUUAUCUGUGUGCUUAUAGAAGAUAUUAUUGAGAAUGCUUAUUUCUGAGGUAAGGAAGUGACUUCAACUGUCUGAUGCUAAAGACGAUCAAUAUAAUCUAUUUGUAGUUGCGGUACCAGGGCAUCAAAAUGAUUCCUCACAUAUCCUUGCACACAUUAAAAAUUAAGGCUAUGUAGCUAUAUCACUGUUUUUGAGUUUCUUUUCAGAUUUUAAAGUCUGAAAAGCCAUCUUAAGAUUUGUAAGAUAUAUAUUUAAUAAUUUUUUAGACAUUUGUCUUUGCUCGUAUUUCUAAGCUUUAAAUCAUUUUUUCCUAAUUAUUCUUUUAAAAAGUAUUUCUGAGACAGCAUUCAUGCUCUUGGGCAAGUGGAAUAUUAUUUGGCUUUCUGGAAACAAGUUUAAGCUAUAAAGCAGUUGUUUCUAGUUAUCUGUGUGCGUUUUGUAUAUGACGCUUACUUACCGCAAAAGGUAGGCUCUGUUUGUGAUCGCCAUUGUAUUUGUAUUCAUUGGAGAAUGUGAACAGCCUAUUGUCACAUGAAAAAUAUUUUAAAUAACUUCUCAGUAAACACAUUUCUGAACUACUAAGAGCUUAAUUGCAGACAAACAACAAUUAUGUAUCUCUGAAUGAGUUUGUAGUUUUACAGUGAACCCUUAGCUAGUAACGUCCACUUCUCAGAUUACUAGGUUAAAAACUCAUAUGGUAUUGGCUACACUGAUCAUCAUAUUGACUUGAACUAAGAGUUAUGCAUCAUUUGACUGUUGUCUUGGAUGUGAUGUCACAGAGAAAUAUUUGUUUCUCUAUCUUGUGGCACUGAGUUAUGUAUGCCUAGCCAACUGUUUUAAGAUGCUAUUAUAAUAUAAUACUCUAUAUGGA